AUGCCCAACCCUUGCUGUUGGGAUGAAUGUAGCGAGGUUUUUGGACACACCGACGAGCUGGUUGUUCAUUUAUCCGCCCAUCUCGGAAGCCCUCAAGACCAAUGUAAAUGGCGUGGAUGCGCGGCGAAUUUGGGAGAGAAUGUGACGACUGCCGUCGUCUUGCGUCAUGUGAUGGUGGAGCACGCUGCCCUGCGGCCGCAUCACUGUUCUCAAUGCCACAAAAAUUUUUCGGCGCCGAAUUUCUUGGAGAUCCAUAUUCGAGUAAUUCAUCGGAAAAAAGUGGUAAGUGCUUGAAAUUUUUGAGUGAUACAGCUUCUAGGAGACUUGUAUGUGCCCGCUGAGUGACUGCCGCUACAACGACACGUCUUUGGUUGGCCUGCAGCAACAUUGUUUAUUGGCUCAUGGUGUACAAGGUAUUUUGGAUUUCAACGCCGCACUUUUUUCAAAUGUGAGCCCAAAUUUUGUUUCCAGCAAGCAAAUGAUGUAUUCUUGCUGUAUUAGAAAAUUUGGAGCUGCUGACUUUUGAAAAAAAUGAUUUCCAACCUUACUUUAGGAGAUCCGUAAGAUCUUGCCGAACCAUCGAAUUCCAACAGCUUUUGUUCAGCAAUCCUUGACUCAGAUCCUUCAACUGGAACGUCGAAUUGUUCCGCACGCCACUGACGAGUCGAUCGAUGGGUUUUACAACCGUAUGACCAUCAAAUUACACGAAAUUGCGGUGGAACUAGCUACAAAGGAGAGAAUAAUCGAAGAAAAGGCCGAGAAAUCGGAACAAAAUGCUAAAGCUCAACAAGAAAAUGUGUCUCCGAGCUGUAGCAAGACAAGUGAAGUGGCUUUGAAGAAAGAAAAACCAGUUACAACGCCUCUGGAGAAUGUGGAAACUCAAAUUCCACCUGAAAUUUCACAACCAGCUUCAGAAACUUGUGAGAUUCAGCCGAAGACAGCGGGAAUUGGUGUUCAGAAGAAGGUAAAAAUUGAGGUUGUUACGUUGGAAGAUGAGAGCUCCCAAAAUUUGAGCCAAACCCCAUCAAAUUCGGGAGUUUUGUGCUCUUCAGGUCAAGUACAACAUAAAAAUGAUGUCGAAAACGGAAUGGAAAUGAAUCAGAACGAAAGCUCACCGCAAGAUAUCGACCUGAGAUCGCAGAAUUCCGAAGAAAGCGCGAUGCGAUUUGUCGAGAGUCCCUUGGCAUCAUCAACUUCAUCAUCAGAUGGUCAUGUGGGAGAUGAGCCGAAAAGCCACACAACUGGGCGAUUCUCCCCCACGACAAUGUUGAAAAUAUUUGGAGAGCGUCUUGGCGGAGAGAACCACAAGUAUGGAAGGCCGGACAGUUUGUUGUCCGAGGCGGAACGACGACUUAUUCAAGAAAUGGAGGACAGGAACAAGAUCGAGAAAACUGUGACUCCGGAGCCGGUUAAAAAUGUUAAAAAUAGUGGUAAAAAAGUGAAAGAGAACUCGAAGAAUGUGGUGAGCGUUCCAAUAGUAACAGCGCCAACUAUGACUGGGUCAGGCCGCAUGAUUUUCCCACCAAAUUCACCUGUUUUGACGGAAAAGGUAAGAUUUUUCGAAAAGUUGAGAUGUAAAUGCCUCUCUUUUGGUGGAAAAUAUUGUUUUAUGUUGUUACAUUACUCUUAGACUUCAUUUGAAAUUCAAAUUUCGUCAGGUUUAGGCAAAAAAUUAUAUUACACAUGAGAAUUUUUUGGUUUAUUUUUUUUUUUAUAAAACUUUCUGAAGAUGAAGAUAGAGCUCCAAUAGAACAUUCCUGAAGUUUUUUUUGGCGUUUUUGUGGAUCAUUGUUUCAGUUAUAUGAAUUUGAAGUUCAAAAAACAUCAAGUUCAAUAUAAUUUUUUUUUCUCAGGAAAAUGAAGAUUCUCUUAUUCCGAAGGCCCCUGGAGAUACAGUGUAUCACAAAACAAUCGUCAAUCAUAAACCGAACGUCGUAAAAGUCGAGCCAUCAGAGCAUGUUGUAGUAGAUCGAGUUGAAAAAAGAAACUUUCUGCCGACUGAAAGGGCUUCUGGAUCCGAUGAGGUGAGAUUAUUAUAAGAUUGAAAAAAGUAUAAAUUAUGUUACAGUGGGCUUAGCAUGCGCGGAUUUUAAAAAGAAUGUUUUUUUUUUGAGAUUUUUUCAAAAAAUUUUUACUGAUGGCGUAGUAUACAGUGACGGACAUGAUCCAGUGGCAAAAAACGUAUCAUUUUGCAUCCGGGGAGAGUCAAAAAUGUGGCAAAAUGCCUCCCUCUCCAACUGAAAAACUCCGUUUUGAAAAGCGGGCCCUCCAAAACGGAGUUUUUUACUUGGAGAGGGAGGUGUUUUGCUACAUUUUUUGAUACUUCCCGGAUGCAAUAUGGUACUUUUUUUGCCACUGGAUCACGUCUGUCACUGUAUACUAGCCAUCAGUAAAAAUUUUUUGAAAAAAUCUCAAAAAAACAUGCUUUUUAAAAUCCGCGCACGCUAAGCCCACUGUAACAUAAUUUAUUUAUUUUUUUCAAUCUUAGGGCGAAUGCACUCCGUCUAGAAGCGCCAGUCUUCAGAGUAGAGCCCGACAGAUUUCUACUGGCUCCUCGAGAUGUUCGGACCCACGCCCUCGCCGCUAUCGCGUCGCCUGUUCGCCGAAUCGGACGUCAAUUUCGCCCAUAAGAAUCUCGAGAAGCCGAAGUAGAAGCCGUAGCGGAAGCCACGGGAGUUACUCGUCACUCUCGUAUCGAAGCCGGCGCCAGAGACGAGGGAGAUCGAGCAGUUCCAGCGGAAGUUUGUCAAGCGGGUACUCAAGCCGAAGAUGGCGAAGGAAGAGCUCCAGAAGACGAAGUGAGAGUCGGAGUCCAAGGAGAAGAUCGCCAAGUCCGAGAAGAAGAUCCAGAAGAGAUGUUAGUCCAAGAAGAGAGAAGGAAAAGAAGUCCAGGGCGAGGAAAAGCGAGAAAUCAUCUAGUCCAACGAACCGGCCAAUGUCGAGGUUGGGAAAAUGCCCGUGGACGCAUUCCCGCGGAUUUCUGAGCCCGGAAAGGACGCCCAAACGAAAGGCCAGCCCAAGUCCAAGCCAUGAACACUCGAUUAGCCCGAAGAAAAGGCCCCGCCAACUCGCUAGUCCAGUUCGAACAUCAACAAGUUCGAUCCGAAAUGACGAGUUCGAAAAAUCAAUAAGCUCGAUCCGAAAUGAUGGCAAAAAAUUCCCGGAGAUUAUCGAAAUUUCAAGCGACACCGAGACGGAAAUCCCAACCCCGGCUGGUCCAGUAUCGCUCCCUGAAACAGCCGCUAGCGGAAGAUCCAAAUCCCAAAAAAGGGCUGCCAAAAGGAAGAGAAAGAAAGAAAGAGAUCGCGCGGAAUUGGACACCAGUGUGCCAAAACCGAACGUUACGCAUAAAAAGGCGAGACUCGAGAAGUACAAACAACUCCAAGGAACACGCAACAUGGUCAUGAACACAAUGCCGAUGAUUGAAAAUACAGCAAACCAGAGAGCGCAGUUCUCGGAAAUCCCUCCGAAGUCGGCGGUACUCAUCAUGGAGAAUGCGAAGUUCAAAUCAAAGUCGAAGUUGAGGUGGGUUUGGCGGCUUGAAGGGGAUUUUGGAUUUUGUAGUAGGUAUUGAUAAAUUGAAAGGAGGAAAAAGUGUUAACUUUAUGAUUUUAGAGCUUUGAAGAGUGUUAAAUCGAGUUUUAAGGCAUGAUUGAGAUUUUAGAAGCAUCUGGGAGUAUUAAUUUGACCUGGAUAUUGAGUUUGAGCUGAUAUUAUACUAGACCUAAAGUAAUAUAUUUUUUUUUGCGUUUUCAGUAGUUUAGAGACUUGGAAAUGAAUAUUCAAAGCAAGAUAAGUGUUUUUAAAAGAUUUUAAGCCAAUUUAAUCGGCUUUCUCAUCGUAAUACAGGUGAUAUUACACUUGACCUAAAGUAAUAUUUUUUUUUUGAUUUUUCUAUUUGGUUGGUUAUUGGUUAUGCUCUCAAAAUGAUCGUAUUUUAUUUUAGAACAUUCUUCGGUCCUGCAUAUGGUUCAAUUCGUAUUUUCUUGGUCACCUUUUACGGACAGCCGGGGUAUGUCAUCCAUUUCGUGGACCAAGCUCGCGCUGCUAGUUUCAUGCAAAGGUAAGUCGUAUUUUGCGUUUUUUGUGUUUGUUUUUAGGACUCGGAGGGAUUGGAUAAAACAUUUACCGAUUUUUUGGUGGAAAUUUGAAGAAAAAUUAAAAAAUUUUUUGAUCUGAGCUGGUGUCUAAAAUAAGGUCGGAAAUUGGUGAAAAUGGACGAAAUUGGAGAAGAAUUAGCUUGUUAUUGAAUUAUCAGGGCUUAAAAAUGUUUUUACAUUUCAAUUUUUUAGAUACAGAGAUAAAGAGCUCCUGGAAAACACGUUUGGCCACAUGACCCUCCUCCAGUGGUAUGAUGAAGUAAAACACUACAUCGGUAAGCAAAUAUUGCUCAAUCUUUUAUGCCGGCCCGAUUUUUAGAGCUCGUCUGA